AUGACGAAUCAGGGAAUAAAAAUAGUUUUAAUUGGAGAUAGUAUGGUUGGAAAAACAUCAAUAAUUAAAAAGUACCAAGACGAAGCAUUCGAUGGUAAUGUUUCUUCAACAAUCGGAUCAACAAUUUCAUCAUUCGAGAAGGAAAUUAACUCCAAAAAAGUUAGGCUUGAUCUUUGCGAUACUGCUGGACAGGAAAGAUACAGAAGUCUCGGACCAAUAUAUUACAGAGAUGCAAAAUGCGCACUUGCAGUAUUCGAUAUUACAAAAUUAGAAUCUCUUGAAUCAUUAGAUACAUGGAUAAGUGUUUUUAAAGAGUCAACCGAAAACGCAUUUGUAUAUAUUGUGGCAAAUAAAAGUGAUUUGAAAGAUCAUGUGGCAAUGACCAUGGAAACAAUCAAAAAAUUUGCGGAUGAUCAUGAUUCGAAGCUUUUCUAUACAUCAGCACUUACUGGAGAAGGUAUCAAUUCGCUAAUUAAUUCAUUGUUUUUGCACUUUUCUACUGAUCACUCUAAAGAGAAAGGAGUAGAUAUUUCUCAAACCAAGAAGAAUUCUUCUUCAUCUUGUUGUUAA